CAUGGAAGUGACUCGGCUGAUGCUGAUGAUAGCCAGUAAGGGAUAUGUGACGGAUGGCCGCGUCUGAUGCAUGACGGCCGAUAUCUUUAUCGCGUUGGCCGAGCUUGAUAUUCGUGUUGAUUUUGUGACGAAUGUCAUCGCACGACAAUAAAACAAUGAGCUACGACGCGCGAUGCUUUAGCCAUUAGAAUGGCAAUGAGCAAACGGGCGUCAAACGUCGACAUCGUCGUCGUCAUUACGCUGCACAGGCUUCUGUAAUCCGCGCGGUGGGGAGAUCGAGAUCGAAGGAUCUCGCACGAAUGCGACACGAAAGCGACGAGCAAAGCUGAUAGUGAACAUGGGCAAUUGCCUGAAACGCGCCGCCGGCAAUCAACAGGACAAUACCACUCUGCUGAGCAACAAUCCCGAGCCCAACGUGUCCACUAGCGGAUCUUCGCAGGAGGGCCUUGGACCUCCGAUUCCCUACAACCAAGCAACUUAUUAUCCAUCAAUCGCUACGAGGGAACGUCAUUUGCAGUCCACCAACUUGAACAUUGGUCAUGGAAUCGGAGUCAAUUUAGUGCAGACUAGUGGCUCGUCUGGUUUGAGCGAAGAGGAACAACAGGUGAGGAUCGCUAAGCGCAUAGGACUGAUACAGCAUUUGCCGAUGCGAGAAUAUGAUGGUGCAAAGAAGGGCGAGUGUGUGAUAUGCAUGAUGGAGCUGCUGGUGGGCGAAGAGGUGCGUUAUUUACCCUGUAUGCACACCUACCACGCAAUUUGCAUCGACGACUGGUUGUUACGCUCAUUGACCUGUCCGUCAUGCAUGGAGCCAGUGGAUGCGGCGCUAAUUAGCUCAUAUCAUCCGACUACUUAAUAUCAGAAUGACUGGAAUUUUAUUUGGUUCGGCCGAUCGGCGAAUUGGAAUUAAAUUAUCAAGCUAAAUGUGAAGCAACUGAAGAGAAAGCGAGAGAAAGAGAGAGAGAGAGGGGGGAAAAAACUCGCUUCUUUUACUAGAACAUAUUAAAGGCUUCAAGGUUAGUAGAGAGAUCGUGUGUUAAUGGCCUGACUAUAUUUCGCCGUUACACUCGAUUUAUACGUGCGUGCUGUUUAAUAAUAAUCUUUAUCUCAACACACCUAUUACAUCCGCAAAAGCGAAUUUUUUAGAUCGUUUCCUACGAUAUAAAGGAAAGCAAAAAGAUUUUAUUUCAAUUAAAUUCUAUGAAACACAUCAUAUCCGCAAAAUCCUUUUCCUUGUAGUGAGUUAAUUGCUUGUACAUUGAUUUCUUAUAUUAGAUGAAGCAAAGAGAAAGAGAGGUAGAGAAGGCGGCUCGAUGUAAUAGUGCAAUAAAGGAGUUCAGUAAGCCUCAUGUACACCAAUAUAUAUAUAUAUAUAUAUAUAUAUAUAUAUAUAUAUAUAUAUAUAUGUAUACGUACAUAUAUACCUAUAUAUAUACAUAUUUACAUAUGUAUGUAUGCGUAACAACAAGAUAAAAAGUGCGACACAUAUGUAUGCGGAAAUUACAUAGUAUCCUUUGUAUUUCUUAUGCGGUUUGUAUGAUGCUAGAUUUUUGUGUACAUUUUGGCGCAAAUGUUUGACGAAUUCGUGCAAAUUCUCUUCUUUUAUUUAAUUCUUUUAAUCACAUGAUCAAAUCCCCGCAUCUCUAUUCUCAGGUAAAGUGAAAUUAGUCGUCGUGAUAAUUUUAAGCUCUAUGUAAAACUUUAUGGAUACCCUGUUGACUAGGUGCGCCUGAAAGCACUGCAAACGUACUACGUUUUUUAUUUAACAAACCGCGAAAUUAUCGAACGAAUGACGGUCUGAUAUAUUUUUGUGACAAAAAAGAGGGUGUUUUUUAAACAAUAUCCGCGAUAUUUUGAUUUCUUUAUGUCUUGCGUAAUGAAAAUCGCUUGAACCGCUUCUCUGUCACUGUUGCGCGAUCAACAUUCAACAUUUUUCAUUUAGAUAACAUGUACAGAGAAAGAAUGCUUCAUUGUACGCUACGGACAAUUAGCGGUUUAUUGUAUUAAUAAUCUGGUAACAUGUAUAGCAACGAAUAAAUCGGCGAAAAGAAGAAGAGAAAAAACACACUUUUGAACUCGCCGCUAACAAUGGGCUAUGUAACUUAGAUUCUGUUGUUGAUUUAGUAGAGCUUGUUAAAUUAACUUCUGCUACAGUUACAAAGCAGUUGGAUAUUUCCUGUUUCGCUGAAUACCACUGUUUACAGAUAUGUAUGUACAGUCUCGCGUGUAGUUUCGUACAUCAGUCAGUUUAUAAAAAGAUAUGAUAAAUGAUUUUAACAGACUUGGAGCAAAGCAACACAUUUUGCGAAUCAAGGAGAAACGCAAAUAAAUAUUUAAUUUAUAUAAAAAGGAGGGAAGCUUAACAAUAUGGUACCGCUAAGUUUUCGUUUUAAAUGUGAAAAAAAUAAAAUGCUGUGAAAUAGUGAUUUAUUGACGAAGUACAGAAAUAUAUAAAUAAUGAUUUAAUAUGCAAAUAUAAAUAUUUA